AAAUUCUCUAAGAAAUACUUCUUUGUCUGCGGAAAAAUGAAGAAACUCAUUUUAACUCUACAGUUCUUCGCUUUUGUAUUUCUCAAUAUUGUUCAAUCGAGGGUUUUACAACAAGGACAUGUGAUUCAACGAUUCCGGCAUCAGUACCCACAAAAGAAAUAUCUGAAUCCACAAAAGGGAUAUCCGAUACCACAAAACGUACAUCCGAUUCCACAAAAAGAAUAUCUGACUAAACAAAAGGGACAUCUGAUUCCAAAAAAAGGACUUUUGAUACUACAAAAGGGACAUACAAUUCCACAAAAGGCACCUCCGACUCCACACGUGGCACCUCCGACUCCACAAGUGGCACCUCUGAUUCCACAAAAGGGACCUCUGAUUCCACAAAAAGCACCUCCGAUCCCACAAAAGGGACCUCCGCCGAUUCCUCAAGCGGCAGCUCCGCCACACAAGGGACCUGGAGUUAAAAAAGUGGACAUCAAGGGACAUAAAUAUCGAAUUGACCAACACGGUCGAGUCAAGCCUAUUAUUGGUGAUACCAUGCUUCACACACAUGAUUUUACACUUUUGUGUACAUUCAUAUGGAAAACUCACAAACCUCCAAGGCAUAUAUGUUCACAUGAAGGUAAAGUAGUCCAUCCUGAGUUUGGUAAUAUACUAACGCAUGCUGGAAAAUUUGUUGGAUUCUUUGACCUCAAACAUCCAGGAUUUUACCCGAUUCACCCGGUGAAGUAGGCGCAUGCACUUCCCCGUCCAGUCGGUCUACAUAACAAAGAUCGACCCUCCACGUCAUUGGUUCACAAAAUAUAUUAGGAUGAUUUUGUACACAAC